AUGCUCCCUUCCCAUAAUACAAAGCAUCUGCCCCUUCUCCGCUUUCCCUUUGUUGACUCCACCUUUUAUCUGGCACAACGAGACGACGGAAUAUGCAACGGAACGGCACUCUGGCUGUCCGGUCAAUGCCUGGCUCUCUAUUUCGCUGAAUAUCAUGUCCCUACAUAUCCUCCUCGCCCGCGAGCCAUCGAGUUGGGAAGCGGCGUUGGGUUGACCGCCCUUGCUUUGGCGUCGCUCGGAUGGGAUGUUCUUGCGACUGACAUCGAUCUUGUGAUUUCAUCUGUUCUCUCCAACAACAUUCAAACAAACCUCGCACAGCUCCCCGAACGCUCCGGAAGAGUAGAGAUUCACGAAUUGGAUUGGUUGGUAUCUCCGGCGGAAUGGAAAUGGGAUAUUACCUCCGGAUCCAAUCCUCCUUAUGACCUCAUAUACUCUGCCGAUACAGUCUACAAAUCUGAGCUCGUGGAACCACUACUACGUACAAUCCACGCGCUAAGCACAUUAUCAAGAUUUUCUUCCUCCCCACCGCGAUCUCCACUCGUUCUGUUGUGCGUUGAACGUCGCGAUCCUCCACUUCUCGACCGUCUACUAGAUGAUGCUAGAAACAUUUGGAACUUUUCAGUGGAACGGAUACCUAGGAAAAGGCUUUCAAAGGCUCUUAACAAGCAUGGAGCUCAAUGGGACAAUGCGGAUUGGGAGGGUAUCGAAUUAUGGAAAUUGAGGCUCAAGUAG